UGGGUCGGGGCUACUGCUGAACAGGGCUUUCCCGUAAUAGAUCAAAACGGUGCCACAGAGUACGGCACCGGUGUUUUGCAAUUCAAUAUUCACAAUGGUGUGCGACAAUCAGUAGCCACCUCUUACCUGGAGCAGUCCAAUAUAUGCCCCAAACUUGAUAUAAUAGCAGGAGCGUUUGUCACUAAAGUACUCAUCUCUGGCCACCAAUCAACCCAUCCGACUGCAUAUGGCGUCGAGUUUGUUAAAAAUAAUAAAAAAUAUGUGGUAAAAGCAAAUAAGGAGGUGAUUGUCUCCGGAGGCACGUAUAGUUCGCCACAAAUUCUAAUGCUCUCAGGUGUUGGCCCCCGGGAUGAGCUCCAGCGGCUGGGCAUCGGACCCGUUUGGGCAGACCUACCGGUCGGACAGUACAUCCAGAAUCACGUGGGAAUUGUGAUACCAAUGAUUAUCAAAAACACGACAUAUGUGUUGCCGGCGCCCGACCCUAAUGUGGAGCAGUUAUACGAUGUGACCACUAAUAAAGCCGGACCACUACUGGUACUACCUAUCACUUUUCUUAAUAUGAACUCUAGUGUUAACACCAACUGGGAAUACCCCGAUCUAACCAUAUCGAGUCAAGUGAUCAAUAGGGGUGGUCUCAGUUACACUAACAUCGCCCCAAUGGGCGUCCGGGUAGACGAGUGGGCCAAAUACUUUCAGGACAUACUAAACGUCGACUCACUUGACGUGUUGCCAAUCCUGACCCGACCCAAGAGUGUGGGUCAGAUACGGCUGCGAUCCGUUAAUCCCAUGGAUUUACCUAUUAUUGAAAACAACUAUUUUGCUCAUCCGGACGACAUUCAGGCCAUAUUAGACGGCAUUUCCUACGCCUACUAUUUGGCUGAAGAGACAUCCGCAUCGAAACUCAUUGAUAUAAACCCACAGCCAAUACCCGGCUGUCAAUACUGUCCGACGGGUCCGAAGUGGCGGUGCGUUUCGUAUCACAGGUGUGUUAUACAGCAAAGAGCGCUGAGCUUUCAUCACACGACCGGCAGUUGUCGUAUGGGCGGCGCC